GCCCAAAACGGCUUCAGCUGGCAAACACAUCCUGCCAGACACAUGGAGAAACAGAAGGCUGAUGGCACCGGUGAAUGGGACCCAGAUAGCCAAGAACUGCACGGACCCAGCAAUCCAUGAGUUCCCCACAGACCUGUUCUCCAACAGGGAGCGACAGCAUGGAGCCGUCCUGCUGCACAUCCUUGGUGCUCUAUACAUGUUCUAUGCCUUGGCUAUUGUGUGCGAUGACUUCUUCGUCCCAUCUCUGGAGAAGAUCUGCGAGAGACUCCAUCUGAGCGAAGAUGUGGCUGGGGCCACCUUCAUGGCUGCAGGAAGCUCGACACCUGAGUUGUUUGCCUCUGUCAUUGGCGUGUUCAUCACCCAUGGGGAUGUCGGCGUGGGUACCAUCGUGGGCUCCGCUGUGUUCAACAUCCUCUGCAUCAUUGGUGUGUGCGGCCUGUUUGCUGGUCAGGUGGUCCGUCUGACAUGGUGGGCUGUGUGCCGGGACUCUGUGUAUUAUACACUCUCCGUCAUUGUGCUCAUUGUGUUCAUAUAUGAUGAAGAAAUUGUGUGGUGGGAAGGCCUGGUGCUCAUCGUGCUGUAUGGGUUCUACAUUCUGAUUAUGAAGUACAACGUGAAGAUGCAAGCCUUCUUCACUAUCAAGCAGAAGACCAUUGCCAAUGGCAACCCAGUCAGCAGUGAGCUGGAGGCUGGUAAUGAUUUCUGUGACAGUCGCUAUGAUGACCCUUCCAUGCCGUUGCUGGGGCAAGUGAAGGAGCAACCACACUACAGUGGAAGCCCCGUGGUGAUGGUGGAUGAGCUCGUGAGCUCCAGCCCCCCCAAGUUCAGUUUCCCGGAUGCCGGACUGCGUGUCAUGAUCACCAACAAGUUUGGGCCCAGGACCCGGCUGCGGAUGGCCAGCAGGAUCAUAAUUAAUGAGCGGCAGAGACUGAUCAACUCAGCCAAUGGUGUGAGCAGCAAGCCACUGCAGAACGGGAGGCAUGAGAGUGUGGAGAACGGGAACGUGCCCGUGGAAGAUCCCCAGUGCCUGCCACGGGAACAGGAGCCACCGCCACCGCCCCCGGAGCCAGAGCCCAUAGAGACCGCCUUCCUGUCCCCCUUCUCCAUGCCUGAGGCCAGAGGGGACAGGGCCAAGUGGGUGUUCAGCUGGCCACUCAUCUUCCUGCUGUGUGCCACCAUUCCCAACUGCAGCAAGCCACGCUGGGAGAAGUUCUUCAUGGUGACCUUCAUCACUGCCACGCUGUGGAUCGCUGUGUUCUCCUACCUCAUGGUGUGGCUGGUGACAGUCAUCGGGUACACUCUGGGCAUCCCUGAUGUCAUCAUGGGCAUCACUUUCCUGGCAGCGGGAACCAGUGUUCCAGACUGCAUGGCCAGCUUAAUCGUGGCGAGACAAGGCCUUGGGGACAUGGCGGUGUCCAACACCAUAGGAAGCAACGUGUUUGACAUCCUUGUGGGCCUCGGCGUGCCAUGGGGCCUGCAGACCAUGGUGAUUGACUAUGGGUCCACGGUGAGGAUCAACAGCCGGGGGCUGGUCUACUCCGUGGUGUUGCUGCUGGGCUCUGUUGCCCUCACUGUCCUGGGCAUCCACCUGAACAAGUGGCAGCUGGACCGGAAGCUGGGUAUCUGUGUGCUGGCCCUGUACGCUGUCUUCCUAUGCUUUUCCAUCAUGAUCGAGUUCAACGUCUUCACCUUCGUCAACUUGCCAAUGUGCCAGGAAGACGAUUAGGGCUGGGCCUCCCUGGGAGCUGUCCCGAAACCCUGUGACACUGGC